CAGUUUAAAAGAAAACUGGGAAAGUAUAUAUAAACCAUGAAAUAUGUCAAGUUUUCAAAUCAUGCAAGUGUUGGCAAGUGACUGAACAAAAUCCACCGUACUCCGUAAUCAAAAAUGGAUCACUGGAAAUUGUUGGUGCUAUGCCUGGCUUCCGCUGGUUCGAUCGGGUUGGUUUCUAGUCUACAGUACCUAUGCAAUGGUCAACUCUAUUCCUAUCCAUAUUCCGGAUGCACAUACAACUACGGGAAUAGCUACAACAAUAAUUAUGGCUACGGGAACUAUGGAAGCGGAUACGGAAACUAUGGAAGCGGAUAUGGAAGCUACGGUAGCGGAUAUAGUAAUUAUGGAAGCGGUUACGGCAAUUAUGGGAAUUCCGGGCGUUACUAUCCCUCUUCCAACGGAUACUAUGGCAGCAGCUACAACAGCCUCUACGGUUCCGGCUAUUCACCGUAUUCUUCACAAUAUGGAUCAAGCUUGUACAGUUCUCUUCUGAACCCCUACAGUUCUCUGAGCUCUCUGUAUUAUUCAUCCUUACUUGGGAAAAAAUAAGCAGAACUCCUUAUAACAGAUUAAUCUGUCCUAAGGAAUAAGGAUAGAUCAGUAUUGAUCUAUCUGUACUUUUUCGCGGAAUCAGUUAGAUAUCUUUUUGCGCUGGUUAACUGUUAUGAAUUUCAAUUCGCAUGCAUUUAAAAGUAAAAUAAAAAACGGAAAGAAAAGUAAAA